GUCCAACUAUAUGCGAGAGUAAAAUAGGUUGACUUGUAUAUUCUGCGCACGGGAGCCAGGGACCAUGUCUGCAUUCCCUGCCUUAAUCAUGAUCCUCUAUUUAGUGCUCGCGAUCAAAGCAGAAUUUAUUUUAGAAGACGACGAAUUUUCUUUUAGGAAUUUCCUUCCAAGCUUUCCCGGUCGAAUCCUCGUGAAGACCGGGGCAGUCCUAUCAGAGAAAAGCUCUAAAGAUUUCAGUAAUUGUCACAUCGCCUGCCUUGAUAAUGUCGAGUGUUUUGCCGUGAACUUCAUUCAAGAAAAUUCGAAAGACCCUCUCUGUCAGCUGUUGAACGAUGGGAACUCGGACUAUGAGGACUAUCUUGAAGAAAAAGAAGGCGGCUCCUACUCACGCGUUAAGACUUCCUGUGAGCCUAAUCCCUGCCUGAAUGGCUCUGUUUGUUCACCAAGCGCAGAUGGGCGUAACUUCACAUGCAACUGACAAGUCCUGCGCACUUUGGGCGGUACUGUCAGGGUGGGCCACGAGACCACGUGAUGCAAUAGAUUGCAUGCACUCGAAA